AUGACCUUUACAACUUUUGACGAGUUCAAACCGCGCCGAAGGCGGGGUUUGAACGAAGUCAAAACGUGGCAGCGCUUUGCCCCGCCGGAGGCCUACGACCAUACUACUGGAGCCAUUCCUCGACCGCUAGUCGUUCCGUCGGGAGCCUGCGACCAGAGGACUACGACGUCAGGUUCGAGGUGGCGGAAGUAUGGGAGAUACGCCCAGAACCUCCUCUUGCUUGCCGCUUACCUACAGUACAAGCUCGCAUUCCUCCCUGUAAUUGAAUUGUUGUUAUCUUCGUAUCGUCGUCGGAUCAUAUUGCGACCGAGUGCACCACUCUACCUAAUUCUUCCUUCUACACACUACAGUACAAUCCGUACUAAGACCAAGAAUGCGACCAAGAGCCGCACCAAGAACGCGACCAAGAACCGCACCAAGAACCGUACCAAGACUGCGACUAAGAUCCGCACCAAGAAUGGUUCGAGAAACGCCUAUGUCCGCACCGAGAGGAUGUGGAUACCAAAGCGCGGUGGGCACGGGGGGUUUAGGAGGAGCCUGCGACGACCAUUCCCCCCUGCCCUGAGCGACAACGUCAGCAAAAGGACGCGGAUACCAAAGCGCGGUGGGCACGGGGGGUUUGGGAGGAGCCUGCGACGACCAUUCCCCCCUGCCCUGAGCGACAACGUCAGCAAAAGGACGCGGAUACCAAAGCGCGACAACGUCAGCAAAAGGACGCGGAUACCAAAGCGGUGGGUACGGGGGGUUUGGGAGGAGCCUGCGACGACCAUUCCCCCCUACCCUGAGCGACAACGUCUGCAAAAGAAUGUGGAUACCAAAGCGCUUGCGACGACCAUUCCCCCCUACCCUGAGCGACAACGUCUGCAAAAGAAUGUGGAUACCAAAGCGCUUGCGACGACCAUUCCCCCCUACCCUGAGCGACAACGUCUGCAAAAGAAUGUGGAUACGAAAGCGGUGGGUAUGGGGUGGUUUGGGAGGAGCUUGCGACGACCAUUCCCCCCUGCCCUGAGCGACAACGUCGGCAAAAGCAUGUGGAUGGUAAAUAUCGCUUCGAGAAGGGAGAUAGCAGAAUUGAGUCGAUUACGCACUAUUCUAGCAAAACACGCCAAUAAAAGUGAUCAAGACGAUAACGACGGCCGGGGCUUUAGGCUACCCUUCAACCUACUCAAGCGGAAAGCUAUAUCCAAGGCACUGGUGAAAAGGAAGUCUACUCGACCAGCACUGAAGCGGAAAGCUGCAACCAAGGCCAGUGUUGCACCAGUGAAAAGACAGUCCACCCGACCAGAGCAGCACGCACCCAAGGCGAGCAGUGUGGCACCAGUGAAAAGACAGCCCACUCGACCAGCACCAGCACCAGCACCCAAGACCAUUGCUGCACCAGUGAAAAGGCGUAAAGUCCACUCGACCAGCGCCGCAUCCAAGACUAGUGCUGCACUAGGCAGUGUUGCACCAGUGAAAAGACAGUCCACUCGACGAGCAAUUGCAUCGAGACUUUUUCAAUGGCGUCUUCUUCGACUCAGAUUGAUCACUCUCAACAUCAUUUCACUGUCUCUUUACGACAAGAUUGACGCCGCGAUCAUGGCAUCAUUCCACUGUCUCUUGACGAUAAGAUUGACGCCGCGACUUGGCCUUUCUUCUUUAGAGGAGGCGGCACCGGAAAGCUGCAACCAAGACCAGUGUUGCACUACUGCUCCUGCAGUAUAUUCGCCUUUCACCACCUUCCCGGGAACACCCUUUCUCUCCCUACCGAGUUUCUCUCAUCACCGAACUCGCAUCGCCGCAGAGAGAGAUUUGAGGGCAUUCGCCGUGCUGCAACUCAGAAUAUUGGCGGCCAUUAGACGGUCCUGGUUUGUACCUCAACACCUUUCCAAACUCCUCAAUGUCAGAAACGUCGUCAUUGAGCAAGGAAUGGAGAACGUUCACUAUGCUGUAACUCCCAAGAGUGAAGCCACUGAGGCGGUCCUGGAACACACCUCAAUACCUCCCAAAUACCUGAGUUCCGGAGGCGGUCGAUGUGAAAAAGCACUUGUGAGCAACGUCGGCGAAGAUACGAGUGGGAAAAGCAGCUCUUAUGAAUCAUUGUAUUGUCUCAAGUUCGAAUACGGCAUACACCCAAAGGCAACCCCAGACUAUUCUACCUCAAGCUCUAUGCAAAUCGCCCUCUCUCUCUCUCUCUUCGCCUAG